UCUCCUAGCACAGAGUUGAGGGCAACUCCAGACCCUCCUGCAAGAUGCUGCUGAUUCUGCUAUCAGUGGCCCUCCUGGCCCUGACCUCAGCUCAGAGCUUAAGUGAAGAUGUCAGCCAGGAACAAGCUCCCUCCCUAAUAUCAGACGGAGGAGACUCAAACCAGAGCUCAGAUGAGAAGCCUCAGAGACCGCCUUUUGGAGGACACCCACCUAAGCCCCCUGCUGGUAAUGGAAGCCAGGAUAAUGGGCCUCAGCAGAGGCCACCCCCACAAGAAGGCAACAAGCCCCAAGGUCCGCCACCUCCUCCAGGAAAGCCACACAGACCACCCCCACCUCCUCAAGGGGGAGGGCCACCCAGAUCUCUCCAAGGACCGCCUCCCCAGGGGCCACCUCCCCAGGGACCGCCUCCACCUCCUCAAGGGGGAAGACCACCCAGAGGUCUCCAGGGACUGCCUCCCCAGGGACCGCCUCCCCAGGGACCGCCUCCCCAGGAACAGCCUCCCCAGUGAUCUGGGCUUCAAUGACAGGAAGUGAAUCAGAAGAUAUCCAUUAUUCAAAUAAUUCAAUUGCAUCAAAUGCCAUGACAUUGGAACAAUGUCAUCAUAACUUUACCUUUAAUAUACCAAUAAAAUAAUCAGCUUGCAAUUU